CCAGGACCUCCACGCCAGCAACCCGACGAUCUCACAAUCACCUCAAGAAGCCUUUGAUCAUUUCGACUUUGCAAAAGUCGACUCGACCGAUCUCAUCUAGCUUCUCUCGCAAGUUCCGACUCAUACAACAUUAUGUCCGACAUCAACCGACCAGCUUCUCCGUCUUCAAAGACCGGUGCUUCGACGACCGCCGUCGCCCGUCCUCCUGGUGCCAAUGCCGUCCGACGACGAGCCCCUACGGCUCCCAAGCCCAACUCGACCCGAGCGGCCGGUGCAGGUGGAUCGAGCAACACGAUGUUGAAGCUGUACACGGAUUCGGGGGAGAACGGUCUUCAAGUCGACCCUUACGUCGUCAUCGUCCUCGCUCUCGUCUUCAUCGCUUCCAUCUUUUUCCUGCACAUCACCGCGAGGAUCUUCAAGGCCCUGACUUCCUAGUCUGAUACCUAUAAGCUGGCGUUGAUGGGCUGGGAUUGAAACGAGACCUUUUCAAAAGACGGGAUGAGAUGAGGUUUGGCGAAUCGGCUUGAGAGGAAACCGGAAGAUGAUUCGGGCAGAGCUUCAAUGUGAGGCCGUCAGGGAAGAGGGGAUUUCGAAGCGGUACGGGCGGUCUGUAGAAUGGUUGUAUAAUAUAUACCCGCACAUGGGCAUUUCAUUCUCCAUCUUUUCUGCA